UGACUGUCAACACAAGUGUCCGAUUCAAUCAUUUUGCCCUUCCUGUGUUUUGCAGGCUUUCCACUUCUAGUAAACAUUUGAAGUUCGUUCACCUUUCUUAUUGUCGGGACAAAGAGAACACCAGUUGGGACAACAAAGGGGCGGGGCUGACAAGGCUGUUGCUCAUGACCUUACGCACCGAAGGACGCUGCAAGACCGAAACCCUUACCAGGAAAAGGUAUCAAACCGCCGCACAGAGCGUACGGCAAACAGUCUCACCCGGGCACGGUAGUAUGUGCAACAUGUCUGCGGGGAGGGCUGCCGUCUGGCGCGCUGUCACCUUGUUGAUGGUGUUCUUGGGACCUGGUACCGUCCAUGGUUGGACCACACAGUGGCCUACCACACGCCGUCCCAGAGCCACCGCCACGACCGACAACAAUACCUGGGUGACACAGUGGUCUACUACUGCACGCCGUCACUGGUGGGAAACUACACACAGCCGCGCCACCAACAACAAUGACUGGACGACACAGUCGCCUAACACACGCCGUCAAUGGGCUACUACACGCUCUCCGUGGGAUACCACACGCCGCCAGUGGGACGAUGAUACUACACGCUCUCCGUGGGAUACUACACGCCGUCAGUGGGCUACUACACGCUCUCCGUGGGAUACCACACGCCGUCAGUGGGCUGAUGAUACUACACGCUCUCCGUGGGAUACCACACGCCGUCAGUGGGCCGAUGAUACUACACGCUCUCCGUGGGAUACCACACGCCGUCGGUGGGAUACUACACGCCGGCAGUGGGCCGAUGAUACUACGCGAUCUCCGUGGGAUAGUACCACACGCCGUCGGUGGGAUACCACACGCCGGCAGUGGGCCGAUACUACACGCUCUCCGUGGGAUACCACACGCCGCCAGUGGGCCGAUACUACACGCUCUCCGUGGGAUACCACACGCCGUCAGUGGGCCGAUACUACACGCUCUCCGUGGGAUACCACACGCCGUCAGUGGGCCGAUGAUACUACACGCUCUCCGUGGGAAACCACACGCCGUCCCUGGUGGGAUACUACACGCCGUCCCUCCUAUGUCGCCACCACCGACAACUAUGCCUGGACAACACGCACACAAGCUGGGCAACAACAGUGGAGCACACAGGCUGACUACAUCACGACUGAUUCGCCUUGUGUCUGCCCGUCUGGUGCCGUCGGCAAGCUUCGCAGAAAGCGACAACUUGAAGCCUGGACAGACGAUGGAUACACAACCGAAGCUGCGUACGCAACCACCGAUGAACAAGGGUACGCAACAGCCGAUGCGCAACAGUACGCAACCACCGAUGCACAGCAGUACGCAACAGACGAUGCACAAGAGUACACAACAGCCGAUGCACAAGAGUACACAACCACCGAUGCACAACAGUACGGAACAGACGAUGCACAAGAGUACACAACAGCCGAUGCUCAAGAGUACACAACAGCCGAUGCACAAGAGCACACAACAGCCGAUGCACAACAGUACGGAACAGACGAUGCACAAGAGUACACAACAGCCGAUGCUCAAGAGUACACAACCACCGAUGCACAACAGUACGGAACAGAUGAUGCACAAGAGUACACAACAGCCGAUGCACAACAGUAUCAUACAACAGCCGAUGCACAACAGUACGCAAGAACUGAUGCACAACAGUCCACAACAGCAGAUGCACAAGAGUACACAACAGCCGAUGCACAACAGUACGCAACAACUAAUGUACAACAGUACCCAACAACUGCAAAUCAGUACCCAACAACAGCUGCACAACAGUAUCACACAACUGCAAAUCCGUAUCCAACAACUGAUGCACAACAGUAUCACACAACUGCAAAUCAGUAUCCAACAACUGCUGCACAACAGCAUCACACAACUGCAAAUCAGUACCCAACAAGAACUGCACAACAGUAUCCGACAACCGAUGCACAACAGUACCCAACAACUGCAAAUCAGUACCCAACAACAGGUGCACAACAUUAUCCGACAAGCUCCUUCGACGAAUGUGUCUGUGAGGAGACAACAACAGUAACCACCACGGUCUCAACUACCCCACCCGAAGUGGACGGGUGCAGUGAAACUCUCAACCCCUGCGUACACAAUGCCACCUGCGCAGACAUCCCCGGACCCGGGAUCACAGACGCUAACUGUACAUGCGGGGCUGGGCUGGAGGGAGACGGGAGGAGGGACGGCACGGGAUGUACAGAUAUUGACGGGUGUGUGAACAGCGGCAGUUUCUGCGCGUUUUACGCCACCUGUGUGGACCACCCCGCACCCCAAACCGGAGCGACCUGCCGAUGUGACGAGGGGCAUGAUGGGGAUGGGAGGAUCCACGGAACAGGGUGCAUUGUGGCGGAUGACAACCUGUAUCCAUUCGGGCCGUCACAUGGCGACCGUGAAUAUGCGGACGGGACCUGGUACUGGUCCCGCUGCGUUUACGUGUACAUUUCGCCAGAUGGCUUCCCUUACUUCAACCGACGACACCAUCGGCUUUACGUCUGCGACAACGGUGUGAUCCAGUUUGACCGGAGCUACAGGAACAGUUGGCCGACCAAGUUUGGGUCCGCCUGGUACAUGCGUUCCCGCGCCAUGAUAGCACCCUUCUGGGCUUACUCUGAUCCCUCGUCAUUCAGUCGUUUUGAUGAAGAGACGCUGAAGUCCCACAUCUACUACCAGGUGUACAAAGAGGGUGAUGGUAAGAUCGACACGUCCACCAUCUUGACACGAGCCAGUCUAGAUGCCCGCAACACGCCCAAUACUAACGUGCCCUCAGACUUCCAGGCUACCUGGGUGCUGGUUGUGACGUGGAUCCGUCUGCCUCCCAACGUUGGCUGCGGGUCAUACUACACGAGAUGGUGGUACAGCUACUACUACUGCAACAGGGACCUCACGUCACUGGAGGUAAACUCCUUCCAAGCCAUCCUUAUCACUGACGGUAUCUACUCGUUCGCCAAGUUUGUCUACCCCAAGAACGGCAUCAAAUGGGUCUAUCCUGAUGUGCAGUGGAGGUAUUACCAUUACUACUCUAACCUGAGAGGCCUUCCCGUGGCCGGGUACGGGGCUGGGGACUCGUACUUCUACAACUAUUACUACUACUACUGGUCCUGGGGCUACAGAGAACACUUCUACAACGUGCCUAAGUCCGGCACACUGAACAUGCGGAAUAUUGAUGAGGUGCCGGGCAACACAGGAGAGACGGGAGUGUCCAUCUACCGCCUGGAGAACUCAGACGGGUCCAUCCCGCCGACCAUCUACUGUCGCCGCUGGUACUACAGCACAACUCCGGCCUGGCACAACUGGGGUUACCACCGGCUGACCCCCUGCCCCUGCAGCCGGCAGCAGGCUAGGCGGGACGACAGGUACUACUACUCCGGGAACGACUGCUGGACCUCCCUGUCGACGAGAUUCGGCCUGCGGCAGAAGUGUUGCUACACGCCGGUACGCUGGUACUACAUCCGCCGCUGGUACUACAGUUGGUGGUCUGGCCGCUACGUGUCCUACUACUCCUGGUUCCGUACCGGGGGCUUCCUCAUCAGGUGGGGCAGAAACGCCGGGCACGUCAUCGUGAACUGGAACGACGACCAUAUUGCCCAGCGGAAGUGCUGUCAGGAGUCCUACUCCAACUGUCACCUCUUCCGGUACAGACGGCCUACCAACCGCUGCUGGGGGUACAGGCCGCCGUGGAGAAGAUGGUUCUGGGGAGACCCGCACAUCAUCACGCUGGACGGGAAGGGCUACACGUUUAACGGGCUGGGGGAGUACCUGCUGUUCCAUGUGGAUGAUGGCAACUACACCGCACAGGUGCAGGCCAGGACAAACAAGGCACCAGGAAGUGACAAGGCGACGGUGUUUACUGCUGUCGUCGUCAGCGAAAAUAACGGCCUGGGAAUCCAGCUAAACAUCAACAACCAAUCAGAGGCAGGCAUGGAUCUGUACAUCAAUGGGACCUUACAAGACAUACUUGUGUAUGACAACACGACAAGUAACCACACCCUCCUGGAGGAUGUGCUGUUCUCAAGGCCCACCACAAACUCCUUCAAGAUACAGCUGUCGUCUGGCAUCAGCCUGACCACCACGUCUGAAAAGAACAUGCUAGCUGUGGUGGUGUCCGCCCCCGAUGAGUACAUGAACAGCACCCAGGGCCUACUGGGGUACUGGGACGGGGACGAGACUAACGAUUUCACCGCCUUUAACGGCAGCGUCCUGCACGUCAACUCCAGCGAGAGCGACAUCUUCAAGUACUUCGGGCAGUCGUUUGACGGAGGAAGACGGCAGGUUGAAGACCAGGUUCCAUAUCUGGAGGGAGAGAGUCUGGAGUCCAUGAGAGACACGUCCUUCUCCCCGGGCUUCACCGACGCGGUCACAUUCGACGACCCGGUGCUAGAAGCAGAAGCAAGGGCAAUUUGCGGGGACGACCAGAACUGCCUGUUUGACAUCAGCCAGACAGGAGACCCGAGUGUCGGAGAGACGACAAAGACACAGUCGGACACACUGACGGAAGAGAACAACCAGCUGGCGAACUUCCCGCCUGAAGUUGAUGGUCCGGACGAGGUUAACGCCACCAUGGGAGAAGUCGUCAACAUCCGCAUCAACGCCUCGGACGCCAACGGGGACGACAUCACCUUCGACCUGGACGAGGGAGUCCCGGAGUUCGUCAGCAUGGACGCCGAUGGAGACUCCGCCAACAUCACCUGGAACGUCACGUCCGGCGAGCAAUUCGACUUGAAGGUUAUUCUGACCGACACAAACAACGGGUCCACCCAGUACUGGCCGACUGUGCGCGUCUGCGCAUGCUACAACGGCGGGACGUGUGUGGACAGUGACGAUGACGACGAUACGUCAUCUGACAACUCUACUGAAACAAGGUUCAUCUUACAAGGCUGUACCUGUGAUGAAGGUUACACGGGUGUCCAGUGUGAGAGUGACAUUGAUGCCUGCGAGGAAAACUCCCAACCCUGUUACGAAGGCGUCCGUUGUAGGGAUUACCCAGCGCCUGCCAACAUCUCCGGAUACGAGUGUGGGCCCUGUCCCACUGGAUUCACCGGAGAUGGGGAGACAUGCGAAGACAUCAACGAGUGUAACACCACGGACAGCGACGUCCAGACAUGCGCACAGAUCUGUGUCAACUACCCGGGAUCCUUCGCGUGUGACUGCCAGGCCGGCUACCAGUUAAACUCCGACGGGCUGAAUUGUGACGAUGUGAAUGAGUGUGAACCUGCCCAUGACUGUGGCCACCAGUGUCACAAUGACAUCGGCUCCUACCACUGCUCCUGUAACAGCGGCUUCGAGCUGGCCACUGACAACAAGACCUGCUCGCCCAUCAGCCAGUGCACGGCGGAGAGGGAGGCGGAGUGUGACGCGGUGAACGGAGGCUGCUACGCCGAGUGGGGAACGCAAACCUGCUACUGCAACAAAGGUUACACACUCAACGGGGACGACUGUGAGGACGUAGAUGAGUGUAGCAGUGGGGAGAACCGGUGUAACCAGGAGUGUGUGAACACCAUAGGCGGGUACAACUGCAGCUGUGAGGACGGAUACAGGACGGACGAUUCAGACCCUUACACCUGCCAAGAUAUUGACGAGUGCUUCGAAGACGACUACAACUGUACGGACACCCAGCUGUGUGUCAACAGGCCGGGUGACUACGCGUGCGCCUGUCUGCCGGGUUUGGUCGAAGUUGACGGUGACUGUACUGACUUACCUGACGAUGAGAAACCAGUGAUGGCGUCCAAUCGGGUUCCCACCAGCGAUGAGAAGAAAGGAGCUGUAGUCUUUACUGCUGAUAUGGCCGUCAGUCAAUACACGGUGUCUAGAGACCUGGCAUUCUCCAAGGCCGUUGCCAUUGCUGCGACCAGCCACUGUAGCAGCCACGCUGCCGAGUGUGGUCUGAGGACGGACUCCUCUCGUCGAAGACGAGAGACAGUGGAUGUGGAGUUUACCGAGCUGAACGUUCUGCGGCUCCCAAACUACCCGGUAGAGCUGAGUUCCUCCAGUAUCCAGCUGGCCCUGUACGUCCUGCUGCCGGACAGUCUCAGAGCCGACAACACCACCAUGGUCAUACCUGGUCAGGAACUCAUCACUAUCAUCGAAAAUUCCAUCCAGGACCUGUCUACUGCCCUUGGAGGAGUCAGCAUCACAGACCUGUACCUGCUGAUCCUCCCCACCACCCCCCUCCCAACAACCACUGUGAGAGCCACCGCUGCACAGGGAGACAACACCGCCGCCAUCGCGGGUGGAAUCGUCGCUGGACUGGUUAUCCUGGCCGUCAUCGUCGUCGUCAUCGUUGUUCUCAAGAAGAAGAAGGCGAGGAUGACAAAGGUGUCUGACAGUCAGACGUUGGAGCUGGCUUAUGCUCCGUCCUCCAGUAGCCGGAAGACAGGCGAGGAGGAGGCACCAGGCGAGGAGGAGGCGCUGACCAAGAUACAGUCACCGUUUUAGUAUAGAUGAUGAUGGCCUUCCGCUAUUUCCUGUUUGUAUUAUUUGAUUACCUUCCCCAAUUUGAUGUACAUAUGCAAAGUGAGUGUGGGAAAUUAUGACGUGCAGUUGAUUUGUGUCUUUUUAUUACAUUUUCAUAUUACGCCGAAGUUGUUGGUCGGAUACAUGUUAGCUCAAAUUCUGGUUAAUUCUGUCGAUACGGAAAAUUUUCUUUGGUGGGUUCGUUUUUCUGUAAAAAAAAAUCUAUUGCAUUGUUUUAUUAUGUGUUUAAUCAAUAGAUGUAACGUGUGUGUUUCGCGUAUUCCGUAACAAUAAUGUAUAGUGAAUGUGACAUAUAUUUGACUGUUGAGAUUUGUCAAUUGUUGCAAAAUUGGAGAUUUGUAAACGAUGAGUGUAACUUAGCUGAUGCCGUCCGUACAGUUUCAAGUUCCUGUCGAGUAUGACAGAGCGAAGCUCUUCUACUCUUCUACAAACAUAUUAAGGCUAUCAGAGGGAUAGGGACGUUAUAUAUACUGAAUAAACAGACUCCUUUUUCACAACCAAGUAUUUUAUUCAGCCGACGUUUCGUCGUUAUCCUGUUAUCCAAGAUAUUCAAUAUCAGUGUCGGGUACGGAUUAGGCAAUUAAUCUUUCAAAAUGGGGACCAUACUGAACUGCCAAUCAUGCGGGCCAACACUUCAUAGAAUUCAUGGACUACUCAUUCCAAGAUACAAACGAGACAUUGAUACAGGUCUGUCAACUGAUGUUUAGAUAUCACAGCAAAAAAAAGUGCACCGACAUCAUGCAAAAAUACGACGAUCUAUAUAAACAACUUUCAAUGAAGAGCAACCACUAUAUGAGUAAGAUAGUGAUACAAUAAUACAAUAUACAUAACUGAGAACAUAAUGUCACCACACCUACAUCAAGGCAUGAGAACGAGCAUGAUCGUGCACGCCUGCGCUACUGCUACACAUGAAGAAAUUGCACUGCGCAUACUACUCUCCAAGCA